UUAAUCUUCAGGUCAAGUCACCUUGGUGUGACAGAUAAUCAGAAAAGAUGGCUUGUCUUUGGAAUAGCACUCAACAAGAUCCUUGUGCCACAGAUCCGUCCUUUUGUGGAACAAGAGGUUGAUAAGGAAUACAACAAUCUCAAGACAAGCCACAAUAUUCAUACACAAAGUACAUCUGGUCGUCUUCAAAGGUGGCCUGCAAGAAAGUUUUUAAAGUAUGAGAACAUCAAUGGUAACAGUUGUCACCCAAAGCUUCCGGGUGGAAAAUACAACAUUUCCUUGUUUGAUUGUAGAGUGUUAUCUCACAUUGACUUUGCCAAGUUGUACGUUGAAAACUUCAUGGCUAAGUUCAGUGCUUUUGGUGACCAUUGUGAUGCUUCAGCUGUACUCACAUUACUUGGUGGUGUACCUGUGUUCUCAGCUGCCAUGCAAGCUGCAGCUGGUGAUGUCAGGAUUGUUAGGAAUGACUGGGCGCACUGUGUUUUCAGUAAGUGGGAUCCUGUUAAGUUUCAGCAGAGUUUUGUUGAGAUGGAACACCUGGUGAGAGUCAUGGCUCUACCUGCUGCAGAUGAAGCAAAACUCCUUGGAGAACUGAAAGAUUGGGAGACUAAAGGUACUAUAUAUACUUCAUAUUACAAUUAAUGAUGAGUAUUUUUAGUGUUGGUACAUUUUUAACAUUUGCUAACCUUACUGAACUGAAAGGUGCUGUUAAGCAGUCAGGAUCAGUAAUCAGUAAUUUAUGUAUACCAAAUAUGUACGUAGGUGUAUAGCUACCAGCUGUACCCCAGUAGAGACAAAAAAUAAAGAUGGAGAUCAACAGAAGCCAGAUAAGAGAAAGCUAAUUAACAAGGUGCAAUUCAUUUGAGUUAUAACCCCACUUUAACUUUUGUGGGAUUAUUUUUUUUCAAAACAAGUGGAGGGCAUUGUUUUCUCCAAUUUUGCCACAUUGGCAAAAGCCCUUUAAUAUUGCUACUCUAAUAGCAUGCUCCGAAGACCAAAAGAGGUGAGUUCCUCACCAUACUGUAUGGAAAUUCCAUCAAAUAAGUCACCUGUACAAAAAUGAAUUGCGUGAUGGGGUAGGUUUGAUUAAUUUGGGAAACUGUUUGUACCUCUGGAAUAUCUCUAGCUAUGCUCGUGUUGGCGUACAGAAACUAAUCCCAAUUAACUACAUUAAGCCUUACUGUACACCUCCAACAGAAAGAAGAAUUAAGCUUAUCUCAAAACGUCAACAAUCAACUGAAUGUUAUGAUAAGGUUUUUCAAGCUUCUAAACACUCCACUAUGUUAUCUAAUUGUAUAAGGCUACAUUUUCAGUAUUGUUUUGUAGCAGGGCACUUCUGUAGCCCUAGGAAUAGCGAAAAACUGGAGUCAUUGAAUAAGCAUGCACUGCGUGUAGUUUUUAAUGUCAGGGAAUCAACGUACAGUCAGUUAUUAGAUAGAGCAGCAGCUACAUCACUUUACAAUUUGAGAGUAAAAGAUAUGUUAAUCAUGAUUCAUAAAUGUAUGCAUAUCAAUUUCUACCCUGUGUAUAAGGACUUAUUAACUUUGCCCACAAUGGUCUUCACUCUUAGAGGAACUGAUAUAUUGUCUUUGUGUAGACCUGCUUCCACUUCUUAUGGUCUUCACUCUUUUAAGCAUUUUGCCUGUAAGACUUGGAACUCUCUACCUGAGAACAUUAGAACGGAGUCCACUCUGGCUGGUUUUAAACGCCUAAUACGAACCAUAUCCUUUCAACCAUGUUAGUACUUGGUAUUAUCAUAUAUUUUUUUGUAUAAUAUAACGAAACAUGACACUUAACACUAGAUAAUAACUAGUACUUAGUAAUGUUAUUUUAUUAUUUAUCUUUUUUUUUUCUCUAAGUUAUUAGCUUUUGAGCUACUCUGUAAAGUCGAGGUACAAUAAAGUCAUGUAUGUAUGUAUGUAUGUAUGUAUGUAUGUAUGUAUGUAUGUAUGUAUGUAUGUAUGUAUGUAUGUAUGUAUGUAUGUAUGUAUGUAUGUAUGUAUGUAUGUAUGUAUGUAUGUAUGUAUGUAUGUAUGUAUGUAUGUAUGUAUGUAUGUAUGUAUGUAUGUAUGUAUGUAUGUAUGUAUGUAUGUAUGUAUGUAUGUAUGUAUACAUGUGUGUAUGUAUGUAUACAUGUGUGUAACUGAUUUCAGUGAGAAUGAUGUCUCACUCUGCAUUCUUAACUUCAUUAUUUUCAAACGGUUCCUAGAAAACAAGUUAAAACAAGAGCUGUUUUUUUGGUUUGAAUGUUCCUUUCCAACUGUUUUUAAGAAAGGAUCGCCCCCUUAUUGAUUUGAAUGUGAAGGUUUAUAGUAUGGCUUUGAUCCAGUAAGGUUAUUGAUACUUCCAAGAAACUAGACCUUGGGAUAUUUAAUGAUGGGCUUUCUAGUUAGCUCUGCUGUUCAUAAUAUUUUUCUCUACUUACCUGUGAAGAUAGCGAAUCUACUUAACUGGACGAACUGGAAGUCCAUCCUUUACUUCUGAGCUGGAUCGCUGCUUUUCUCACCAACUGCCAGCAGGCUGGCUGGAUUGGAGGAAUGCUGUCAGUCUAGCGCUUUGGUCAAUUAGUGGAGUUAGCGCUAUAUAAAUUAUGUUUUGUUAUGUUGAAAACACUGAAAGGAGGAAUACCCCAAGGGACCAAGUUGGUGUUAUCCUCUUUGCAGUUAUGACAAACAGACUGCUCUCUGACUGGCAUCUGUGUAUCAAAUUCGUAGACGACACAUGUACAUCAGCUCUAGAGAUUAUCCCUAGGAACUCUAUCAGUUCCUUGAACUUUGCUGCCUCUGAUAUUCACAAUUUCGCCAUAGCCAUAAUAUGAAAUUAAAUCCAACUAAGUGCAAAGAAAUGUUUGUAAACUUCCUUCACAACUCAAACGUAUUACUCAACCCUAUUAUAAUAGGAAAUAAUGUUAUAGAGCAAGUUAAAUGUUAUAUAAGAUCUUAGGUGUCAUUUUGAGCAACGACCUCAAAUUGAAUAGGAAUGUGGACUAAUGUUAAGAAAGCAUGUAAGAAAUUAUAUUCCCUAAGGGUACUGCGUAAAGCGGGUGUUAGCAGAGCUAGCAUUCUGAAAGUAUAUCUUACUACGAUAAGACCAGUUCUAAAAUACCUACGCUGUGUCCGUGUGGCAAUCUAUCUCAGACUACUUGACUGAUGUAAUAGAGUCAGUGCAAAAGAGGGCACUUAAGAUAUUACUUAUUAUAAAAUAACUGAGAUAGUACGCGUGAUCUGAUUGGUCAAAAACCUAUGGUUUAUUAUACCGGUAAACCCAUAGAAAAAGGCAUCCGGACCACGAGCCAUAAAAAAAACCCGCUAUUGAUCUGCAAACAACGAUUUUAGAAAGGCUAAAAAACAGAACAAGUUACUUACCCAGCCCUUCUUAAUAUUAAAAACGUUGGUUUCCACAUUUUAUUACUGAGCGUCACAAUUCGCUACUGCCAUAGCUUUAGAAGUUAUAAAGUACAAAGCUGGAAAACAGUCUACAUUUCACGACGAUGCCAAUCGCAGAGAAAGACAAUAACUGUGUGAAUUUCUGGUGUAGAAAGUCUCUAGGAAAACUUACCCAUGUGCCAACCAGCAACAAAACGGAUAGUUUUAGCAUUCUUGAUUUAUUUUAUGUCAAAAUUAAAUGCCUUAAUGAAAGAAAUUGUUCCAAAAAGAGAUCUCUGAUCAAGAUAUGGUACAAAAUCUGCCGCUGUAGGUUGUAAACAAGCUGCCAACGAUGAUGAAAGAUGUCAGAGUUUCGUGCCGGUUUUUUCCAACAUUUGCACAAAUUAUUCGGUGAUAUCGAUGCCAUAACCUACCUCAAACCACCUGACUUCACGAAUCGACAAAUAUUUACGCCAAUAUGUGGCUACGGCAAAGAAACCUUUCUCCACCACUGACAUAUUUCCAUCGGUCGCUGUACGCGCAUAUAAAGUUACAUGCGACAACUUCGCAAAUGCAGCCACGUCGUUACCCCAGCAUUUCUUGAUCAUAAUAGUCCAGAAAACAGAUCUCAAACCACUGCAGCUUGUAAAAAGUGAAUGAAGUCCUCCAUUACAAUAGCUGUCAGUUCCGUCUGUAACAAUGAAAUUCUUACGGAUCGACUCAACAAAAUACAGCUGCGUACAGUCUGAUGUUCAAUUAAUUUCUACUUCUGUAGUAAACAAACCAUGAACGUAUUCUUUCAUUGUACGUUCGCAUGAAUAUGUGUUGACUUUUCCUGUAAAACAGCUUUCAUAAGUUAUCAUGUAAUGAGUGCAAAAACUCGUGUUUUGAAGUGCUGCUGUUUGUUGUUUGACUGAACUGAGUUUUGAGAAAGUUCAACGCUAUUAAAUCGUGAGUCAUGAUUGGCUUAUGAUGACUUUAGAGAGAAGAAGUGACUUGAUCACGGUACUAGAACCAUAUUUUUUACCUAAAACACUCCAUUCUUCUAGGAGUUAUUUUCUAAAAGCAAUAGACCACACUUUCUAUGGGUUUACCGGCGUGAUAACCCACUUGGGAUGUUGGGAGAACACGAGGAAAGCUUGUAAAUCACGAGCCGAAGGCGAGUGAUUUACAAGCUUUUCUCGUGUUCUCCCAACAUCCCAAGUGGGUUAUCACGCCGGUAAACCCAUAGAAAGUGUGGUCUAUUGCUUAAAGAUAGUUUUCCCCGCGGAGGAGUCCUAUACGGAGGCCCUGGGUCAAGCAAACUUGCCAACACUGCAAGACAGAAGAGAAGACUUAUGCUGUAAAUAUAUGGAAAAGAUGAAAUCUAGAGACCACCCUCUAUUUAAAUUGUUACCCAGGCGUGUUGCAGGUACUUGUAAUUACAAGCUCAGAAAAAACUCCGAGAAAUUUCUUCUAUUUAAUGGCUCAAUUACUGGUAGGACCAAGAGAGCAUUUUUUACAUUUAGAUAUUUUAGGUAAACUCUUACAAGUAAUAUUAUUAUUAAUAAUCAUAUUCGUAACUAUCUUGGUAAAUUUGUAGUAUUUUUAUAGUAUAUUUUGUAAUUAGUCUAGACUUGCAAUUUUUUGAGCUCA